GCCUCAGCAUCCUCAGACCAUCAGUCGACUCCUCUUCUAUCUUCUUCACUUCUAUCUCCUGCCGGUCAGGUCUUUAAUUACCCUUCCGAGUUCUUUAAUUACACGGACCAACUUUCUACUUAACCCUCCACCACAACAACAUUCACAAUGGCCCCCAUCAAGAACAUCAUCUUGGCUCUUUUCGUCGCUGCCGAUUUGACAGCUGCCCACAGCGUCAUCACUAAUGCAGUUGGAGACGCCGGCGGCUCUGGCAUGGCUCUCGGUGUUGACACCUCCACUCCUCGCGAUGGUACCAGACGCCGUCCUUUCCAAACCGAUGCUACUCGCUUCCGCGGUGAUGCCGCUGACACCGUUGGCGAGACACUCGCUGGUGGUGACAACCAGAUCGAGCAGGGCACGCUCGACAUCAUGGAAGAGACUGGCAGUCAGCUUCCUCAAGUCAACCCUGGCGGCAGCCUUGAGAUGACUGUCCACCAAGUCAAUUCUGAUGGCGCUGGACCUUAUACAUGUAUGAUCAAUGCCGAUGGAACUGGUACUUCGUGGGACAACAUCCAAGUAACCACCAACGUUGAGGGCAACGAUCGCGGCCGUAACCGCGAUGGUGAGAUGGGGGAUUUUCCUCUUGUUGCCUCUAUCCCUGCUGGACAGAACUGCACGGGCUCGGUUGCUGGUGAGGAGAAUGUUUGCCUUGUUCGUUGCCAGAACCCGGCGCGGGCUGGUCCUUUCGGUGGUGUUAUUCCAGUUCAAAUGGCACAAGCUACCGGUAACAAUGGCAACAACAACAACGCUGAUACCGGUAACGCUGGUAACACUGAUAACGCUGGUAACGCUGGUAACGCUGGCGAUGCAGACAACACGGGCAGCGCGGGCAACAAUAACGGCAACGGCAACGGCAACGCUGAUGAGGAUGAUGAAGAAGAUACCCAGGACCAGAACGACACCAACACCAACAACCGUAACAAACGCCGCGCUCCUCAUUUCUCUGCAUAACCAUCUGGCGAUUGUCAAUGAAAGAGGUCUGAGAUCGAUGGAACAUGAGAAGACGUGGACAUGAGACUGAAAUGAAGGGCAGAUGAUGGCUAGGCGGCUCUGUAGUGGAGUAUAUUAAGAAGACAAUGUACAAUAUACAAAUAUGCCGACCGACUUAGUGUUUAAUUGUGUUACCAUGAAUAUCAACACUUAACGGU